GAAUGUAGACCUGGAAUGUUCUGUGUCACAUCAGCCUCCAACUCCUGUGCCCGCUGUGCUCCCCACACCAUCUGCCCACCAGGGAUGAUUGUCAAACUCCAGGGCACAGCUGAGAGGAACACUGUCUGUGAGCCAGCUCCCCCGGGGAGCCGCCCUGGCUGCAGCACCAGCCCAGAGGACUGCAAGGAACCUGCCAGCACCACCCCUGACGCCGUGUCCAGCCUGACCCCCCCAGGCACCUCCAGUGUCAGGACCACACCCCUCGGAGAGGGCCCAGACCACGCCCCAGAAGAUGCUUCCAAACCGAUGAGGCCUCCCCACUCUCCGUCCUCUGUGGGGAAGCUCAGCCCAGAUCCAGGGCUGUCCCCACAGCGGCCAUGUCCACAGGGGUCCACAGACUGCAGGAAGCAGUGUGGGCUUGACUACUACCUAGACAAGGCUGGCCGCUGCACGGCGUGUGUGAGCUGCUCGCGAGAUGACCUUGUGGAGAAGACACCCUGCACAUGGAACUCCUCCCGUGUAUGUGAAUGUCGACCUGGAAUGUUUUGUGCCACAUCAGCCACCAACUCCUGUGCCCGCUGCAUCACUCGCCCUCUCUGUCCAUCAGGGAUGGUCGGCAAACCCCAGGGUACAGCUUCGAGGGACACCACCUAUGAGCUGCCUCCCUCGGGGACCCACCCUGACUGCCUCACCAGCCCAGAGGACAGUGAGACGCCCUCCAGCAGCACCACCACCCCCGCCCUGAUGUCCCGACUAGACUCCCAGACCAGUAAGAGGCAUGGAGGGAGCCCCACCCAUGCCUGGGAGGACACCUCCACCCCAACCGGGGCUCCCAUUGCUGUCUCUUCCAUGGAAAAGCCUGUUCGGGUUGCAGGACCCGUGCUUUUCUGGGUGACCAUGGUGCUGCUGGUGCUCGUGGUCUCCGGCAACUUCCUCCUGUGCCACUGGAAGGCCUGUAGGAAGGGGAUUCGGCAGAAGCUCCACCUGUGCUUCCCAGGCCAGACCAUCCGGCCCAAGCCGCAGCCUAUGGAUUCCAAGCCUGGGAGGAAGCCCACACCCUGCAGGACCGUGUCGGUGGUAGAGCCAGGCCCAGAAGAGCAGGGAUUGAUGAGCGUCCCGGCUGUGGAGACCUGCCCCAGCAUGGGGACCUCCUGUCUGGAGAGCCUGAGGCUGCUGGAGGCCAGCCCAGUUGAAGGUCCCUCAUCCCCCAGGGACAUCCCUGAGCCCCGGGCCACCACAGAGCACACCAAUAACAAGAUUGAGAAAAUCUACAUUAUGAAGGCUGAUACGGUGAUUGUGGGGACAGUGAAGACCGAGGUGCCUGAGAGCCGGGGCCUGACAAUGCCAGUGGGGCCUGAGUUCGAGGAGGAGCUGGAGGUAGACCAUACCCCCCACUAUCCGGAGCAGGAGACAGAGCAGCCUCUGGGCAGCUACAGGGAUGUCAUGUUCUCAGUGGAAGAGGAAGGGAAGGAGGAGCCCUUGCCCAUAACCGCCUCCGAAAAGUGA